AUUAUUUGUUUCAUCAUGGGAAAAUUCAGGGGAAGUGUUGAGGCAGCAGUGAACACAUUUACUCUACUCCAACUACCGCUAAGUCCCCUUUAUUUACACCUCUUGUGUGUGUGUCAAUUUUUAUGUGAAUCCCAAUUCCCACUUCUUGAGUUUCACAAGUGACACAGAAAAAGUAGCAAGUAUUAUAACAUUAUGGGUGGUGGCAAUAUUAAUAAGAUGCCAAUAAUAAUGGUUAAGUUUUCUUGCUUGCUAUGGGUGUUAAUGUUACUGAGUGGUGGUAAUAAUAAUCAUCAUGGACUAUUAUUAGUCCAUGGACAAGAUUAUGGGUUUGAUGCUGCUGCACCGGAGAAAGAGAUGGUGCCGGCUAUGUUCAUAUUUGGAGACUCGCUUAUUGAUAAUGGAAAUAAUAAUGACUUGGCUUCUUUAGCUAAAGCUAACUAUUUCCCUUAUGGUAUUGAUUUCAAUGGAGGUCCUACUGGUAGAUUUUCUAAUGGUUUUACUAUGGUUGAUGCAAUAGCCGAACUAUUGGGACUGCCACUGAUACCGGCCUAUUCACAAGCAUCAAAUUCAGCAGACCAAAUGUUGCAUGGUGUCAAUUUUGCUUCGGCUGCGGCUGGAAUUCUUGAUAUCACCGGCAGAAAUUUUGUGGGUCGAAUUCCGUUCAAUCAACAGAUAAAGAAUUUUGAGAAUAGUUUGGAUCAAAUCAGUGAUGCAUUGGGUGCCGCCAAUCUUGGUCAAGCACUUUCCAAGUGUAUUUUCUUUGUAGGAAUGGGUAGCAAUGACUACCUAAACAACUAUCUCAUGCCCAAUUACCCGACCCGGAACCAGUAUGAUGGUAACCAAUUUGCUGAUCUGUUGGUCCAAGAAUACACAACACAACUUAAAGAACUUUACAAUCAAGGAGCCCGAAAGUUUGUUCUGGCUGGAAUCGGGCUAAUGGGUUGUAUACCGAGCAUUUUAGCCCAAAGUACAGAAGGGACAUGCUCAAAUGACGUGAACCAACUCGUCCUGCCUUUUAAUGCAAACAUGAAAACCAUGAUCAAUAAUCUAAGCACCAAUCUCCCUGGUUCUAAAUUCGUUUUCAUCGAUGUUCAUAACAUGUUCCAAGAUAUUCUAGCUAAUGCUAGAUCAUAUGGUUUUAGUGUGGUGAAUAGGGGAUGUUGUGGAAUAGGAAGAAAUAGAGGUCAGAUAACGUGUUUACCGUUCCAAGCGCCAUGUUUGAACAGGAAUGAGUAUGUGUUUUGGGAUGCAUUCCAUCCAACAGAAGCUGUGAAUGUGUUGAUGGGAAAGAAGGCUUUUAGUGGCACUCCUGAUCUUGUUUAUCCUAUAAACAUUCAACAAUUAGCAAACCUGUGAUGUCCCAAACACAUCUAUGUCCACCCCCAAGUAUGAAGAAAUGUGUGUUUCUUUGUGUUUUAAGUGAGAUGGAUGAUCUUUAGGAUAUCAUCAAAUGUUUUUGAAUUUCAAUUCUUUGCUUUCGUUUCAACUUUAUACGCACCCUAAUAUACGUUACAAACUCAUAGUUAUCUCUUA